AUGUCGGCCCAUUCAUCAAUCGUCUCUUACUUUGAGCAAAACGUUGAGUUCACCUACGCGGCGAGGCCGCGUGCGAACGGCACGGAUGCGGAUCCAGACACAACCAUCCUCUUUCCGAAGGACACGCUCGAAUGUUCCAUCUCCAAAGAUUCCUACCGUGGUUCUACAUACGUGGAGGAUAGAGAGAGAUCUUCAAUUUAUUCCGCAUGCAGCUUAUCUAAACACGUGGAUGAGAAAAAAACAGCCGAGCAGCAUACCGUCGCGGCCGGGGCUGGGGCCGUCGGGCUAAAUUUCGCGCGCGAGCUGAUCCGCGCUAUGCGCCGACCAAUGACCGGACCGGACACUACCACGCAGCGCCUGUAUCUCGGCAGCCUCCGGCAGUGCCGGAUCCAGGCGAUCCAGACGACACCCGAUCCGGCAGGCUCGAUCCCCGACCCGCGAGAAGUAUUUCUCGCGGGGCCGUCCGAGUUCGUCAGCGGAGUCCCCACCGAUGACCGGCCCUUCUUCGAGCGACUUCGGAAUCCCGAAAAUGGCAGUAUAUUCCGCUACGACGACGCCCGCGGCCUGCUACUCCUCGACCACAUUGACCCCUGCGGGUACUUGUACUACGCGUGCAUCCCGCACGGCCAUCGCACGCACACGGACCGGCUGCAGUGGAAGCACACACGGCUGCCGACCGAGACGACCAAGCGCCACCAGGCCCGCUUCGACGUCGCGAGGAUCGAUGAAAUCCCCCCCGGUCCGCACUCGGCGCGGGUGAAUCGCGAGUACCUAGUGUGCAGGACCGCCUCGGAGCGGAAGGAAUCGCGAACACUGCCCCGCUGGAUUGUAGAUCGAGAGGAUACCGGUACUGGACUCGUUCGGGCAUACUUCGUCAUUCACGCGGUGGAUGGACAUGUCUCGGUAGAAAGAAUCCCGGCAGCCACGGAUGCGACGGCGCUGCCGGGUGUACCGCCGGAGACACCAGUUGGCUCGGCAUUAUUCAGAUUGCAGCUGCUUGCGGUAUGUUGA